GAUGCUCGCUGCAUCUAGCAGGCUCUACCGAUCGCCGGUGGUCCUAACUGCACUUUGAUUGGCUGUGCUCCUCUUUGGAGGGAGGGAGAUCGAAAGGCUGAACCAUCCAAAAUAGAAAAUUACGUCACACUUUCCCAUGACAACCCCAGCCCCCUUAGAUUGGAAGGGAGUCCCUCUGUAUUGGUUCAUCUUCCUUCAUCAUCACCACCACCUAUCUCUCUCCGUCCCUGUCUCUCACGUUCGAUCGCCGUACGUCUAGUCUGCGCUCGAUCCGAAAUUUCCCCUGAGCUGGAGUUCGCGAAAUGCAUGCUGGGAACGGGUGAGGUAGCGGCUAGCAAAGAUGGCGGACGGUGAGGAUAGCUCCGCCGGUGGGAAGCCGAAAUCGGCGCUUAUGCGCCGCCAUGAACAACUUCAACGAUGGAAAGAUUCGGAAUUUGAUAGAGAACCAGCUGAAAGAAAUGCAAAGAAAGCCAAAGUGAAAUUUGCGGCAGGAUGUGUAUUUCUAGCGGCCUGUGCAAGCGAGGAUUUGGAUGAGAUCGAAGCACUUAUGAAGCGGGGAGCGGACAUAAAUUAUGCUAAUAUCGAUGGCUUGACUGCCCUGCAUCAGGCUGUCAUUGAUGAAAAGAUUGAUAUGGUGGAAUAUCUGUUAGAACAUGGAGCAGAUAUAGAAGCACAGGACAAUGAAGGCUGGACAGCGCUACAUGCCGCAGCCUCCUGUGGAUUUGAAGACAUUGCAUCAUAUUUAAUAGAAAAUGGGGCCGACUUAGUAGCAUGUAACAAUGAAGGGGAAUUACCAAUGGAUUUGGCGGAGGAAGAGGACAUGGAGGAAUUUUUACAAGAUGAAAUGGAUAAACAAGAUUUAGAUGUAGAUCAGGCAAGAACGGAGGAGCAUGAUAAGAUGUUAGAAGAUGCUAAACAAUGGUUAAAUAGCAAACAAGUCAAAGACAGGCGGCAUCCAAAAACUGGUGCUACCUCCCUCCAUGUUGCUUCUGCCAAAGGAUAUAUCAAAGUUAUGGAACUUCUUAUACAAGCAGGGGUUGACGUGAACGCAAAGGAUAACGAUGGAUGGACGCCACUCCACGCGGCGUCACAUUGGGGUCAUAAAGAUGCCUGUGAAGUUUUAGUAAAAGCCAUGUGCGAUAUGGACGCAAAAAAUAGAUUAAAUCAUACAGCAUUCGAUUUAGCAGACGAAGAAAUUCUAAAAUGGCUCGAGGAACUAAAAAAGAAACAAGCAUCAAUGAAGAAGGACGAGCCAACCGCUCCCCGGAUUGACACAAAAGUACCUCCACCAUUGAAACGAAGGAGGCCUUCCCGCGGUCGCCGAUACAGUGAUGCAAUAACGAGCGAUGAGGAGAUCGAGAAGGCGUUGAGACUAUUACGGAAGUAUCAGGCUAACCAAGAUAAACCCGAACAGCCCCGCAGGUCGUCUGUUACUCGAAUAAGCGUCCCAGAUCGGAACAUGCUUCUCCACCAAGACAUGGCGAAGGAAAGGAAAGAACUGGAAAAGAAAAUGCACGGAGGGGAUAAGCAGGUCAAGAAGACGAUGGAAUCAUCGAGUUCCAGCGAGGAGGAAAGUGAAAGCGAGGAGGAGAGCUCUGAAGAAGAGAGCGAGGAAGAGAAGAAUAGCGACAAGAACCCGACCCCGGUCCGAAGGCCGCUCGAAGUCAACAGUAGACUCGGUCGCCCGACGAUCACUCCUCAGCCUUCCGCUCCAUCGAAAAAAGAAAUGCCUAGUUUUUCACCCAAACCCUUAGCCCCUCAGCAAGCGCAGGUCAAGCUGCCCCCUCCCAAGCAGGAGAAGAAACAAGAAGAAGAAGUUCCAGCCUGGAGGACGGGUCUCAGGAAGACCACCAGUUCCAGCACGGUCCCGGAACCCAAGAAGACCGAAACCCAGGCUGAUAAGUUGGCCCGGUCCGCUUCCACGCCCCGAAUACCAACCUCAAAGCCAGAAACUAAGCCUCCAGCACCCUGGGAGAACCAGCGGGUAUCUCGACCAGCGCCCCCUUCCUCCACCAAAACAGUGGAGUCGGAACCCAGCAGAGAGGUCAUACUCCCCUCUCCACGGGGCAGCGGAAGGCGCCGUAUCGCUGCCGAGAUUACCACAGACCAGGAUAGGACGGAGCCGGCCCGGGAUCGCACUAUCCGGGACCGGAGCGUUCCCAGCGCGAUCACAACACCUAGUACUACCAACGAUACCACCUCCACCACUUGCAAUAAUAACACCUCUGUGGGUAGCUCUGCAACCACCACGAUACCUCCAUCACGAAGGUCGAUUAUGACACCGUCGAAGGAGGAGGAGUCGGAAACGCAGAGGAAAGCACGGGCAAAGAGGGAGCGAUCAAGUCGGAGAUCAACGCAGGGUGUUUCAGCAGAAGAUAUAGAAAGUGCCGUCAGUACCUUGAAAAAUAGUGAACCUAAGACGCAAGAUAACAGAGUAUCUGAUGAUAAGCCAGAGGAACCUCAGACAAUGACCUUUGUGGCGCGACCGAGUAGAAGCACAACCUCAGACUCAAGCAGUACCCCUACAGCCACAGCAAGACUAGGGAGAGCCAACAGGGAUGAUAAAUCAGCAACUGAUGAAGCGAAAGAGCGGGCGAAGGAGCGGGAGAAGGAACAGGAUGCCUUGAAGAAGAAUAGCACCAGUAACACCGCCCUCUCCAGGAGGAGACCGAGAGAGAAGAGGAGAGACACCGGGGUAAUUCAUCCUGUCGCAGAGGAGGACGAAGAUGACGACGAGGAGGAGGAAGAAGAUCCUCUAAAGGUGAGUGAACUUUUGCUGUGCUCUGAUUGGUCCAUUGGACAUCCAUCUUACUUUCAAAUCGGGGGCUGGUUGCAGGAGUGUUUGUCAUCAAACACAUGUCCUAAAGACAGGAGCCAGGGAACAAGUGUGAAAGUGGGGGGGGGGGGAUGCUAAACAAAAUUUCAUAGUCAUUUUCAAAUGUUUGCACACUGUUACUGAAAAAAAGUUUGAGCAGGGCUGAGGACCCCCCCCCCCCCCCCCUGUUCUGCAGCUCCUGAAAUAUGUCAAUUUGUGUUUGAUUUGAUUUUUGGAGUUCUGUAUUCGAUUGUAAUUCUUUCUGUAACCAGCCCUCGGGCUCUGUUUCAUACAACAUGUUAUCAAUGGCUGCUGAAAUAGUCACAUUUGAUCAACUGGAAACCAAAAUGUUAUCAAAUUUUAGCAUUUGCGAUUGAUACAAAUGGUUAUGAAACAUGGUCAAUUAGAAAUAUUUUGAUUAUUGAAGUAUAUGAAGAGUUUUCAAAAUAUAUAAACAGUGAAGGGCUGCUCAAUAUGCUGAGAUGUGUUAAUUAUGUGUGUAAUAUGUAUGUUUUCUAUGUAUGUAUUUGUUAUGCAUUUUUGUGAGUAUACUUUGUUUCUGUUAUCCAUUCUUUUGUCCAAUUUCUGUAUGUGUUCUGUAUAUUAGGGAGAGCACUUUAUUUCUUCACAGGUUUAUGUGUGUUAGAAAUUAGUUAUACAUGUGUGUGGUGCAAUUGCAGAUGUAUAUAUAUCAUUGUAUUUAAGAAAUUGUUGAGUGAUGAUUAUUUGUUUGGAAUUGUAAUGCAAUUAGACUGGUGUUUCCAAAAAUGUGUAGAAUAUACGAAUAGCAGCAAGAUCUUUGAAGGCUUUAUUGUUUUGCACUAAUCUAUUUGAAGAUGUGUAUUUAGAUAAGGA